AUGAGUACUACUACCGAAGUUACCUAUCGCCCGAGUAAAAUUAUUAUAACGGUUACACCUACAACCGUUUUAUUUUACCCCUUCACCGUACUAAGCCAUAAACUCAAUGUUCUAACAUUUCAGAGAUCGUUAUGCGACCCAUAUUCCACAAGUGAUGGAAGUUUAAGGGAAUUGAGCGGUAAAACUGUGGGUACUCUCUCGUUCGGAGUUGGCCUGUAUUAUGGCAAAAAAAUGGCAGUUUCGAUUUACAAAAAGCACGGGAUUCUUGGAUUUUUUAGGUGUCUCCCAGAAUACAUAGCUUAUCAGUUAACUAAGGACGUAAUGAAGUAUGUAGUCCCUAACUUUGUUCUUCCCCUGUUUGGUGACCUCAGACUGAGGUUCAACUACAACCUUCCUGGGUACAACGUUAUGGACGUGGCUAAUGAUUUUAGGUCGCGGUAUAUGGGUUUCCUAGACAAUGACGAAUCGCUGUUUGCCUACUUUGUUAAUUUCUACAAAAAUAUGAUACAAUCUGAGUAUGAUAAAAUCAUGGUUUCUGGGAUUGUAGAGCUUCUCACGUAUCCUCUUCUUAGCGUUAUUUCAAAACUGAUUAUAUAUGAUGGUUUCAUGCCCGUUUCAUUCGUAUCAAUGCUCCAACACACAGUGGUAGCGGAUGGGUUUUUCGCGCUGUACAACGGCUUUUUCUACCACAUUCUGUCAAAAUCGAUCAACUAUAUUCAUAAAAAUUUUGGUAAAUUUGUCUAUAGUUGCUCCGAAAGGGGCUUUGAGGUCGAUAGGGCGUUCGAGCAGACGGUGAAUAUUAUUUUCACGUUUGCCACUAGUGUUAUAAACCAGUUUUCGCUGAUUCUGAGGUGUGGCUCUAAUCUGGACGGGCUGUGUAUGAACGUUGGCACACUUGCUAUUCUAAAGAGUGUUCCGUGGACAGGGAUUUUAUUCCAGUUGUCACUGUUGGUAGCACUAGUGGAAUUCAAGGAGCGCUUCAUAGCCAGGCAAAUAAAAGCGAUCAGGGGCAAGUUGGACAGUUAA